UUCCCUGACCAUACUAUCCCACGAUGGAUUAGUUGCACCGGCUAUCAGGCGAUGCAGGAUGGUGCCAGCCCCGAGAAGCUCCUCCUGGCCAGAGAAGGUUAAAGGACAGCAGCCUGCCUCCAGAGAAGACCUUUCUGAGGAGCAGGAGCCAGUGUUCUGAGCUAUGGCCAGGCUCUCCUCUUCCUCCUCCUCUCCGUUCCGCUAUGGCUUUGACCUGGGUGCCCACUUCCAGGACGUACGCCCCCUGGGCACGGGUGCCACGGGCCUGGUGCUCUCGGCCAUCGACCGCCGCUCAGGGCAGCGCGUGGCCGUGAAGAAGCUUGCCAUGCGUGACGCGCUCAGCGUCAAACACGCACUGCGAGAGGUGAAGAUCACGCGCCGGCUUCAGCACGAGAACAUUGUGCGCGUCCACGAGGUCCUGGGCCCCUACGGCCAGCCCCUGCCCGCCGUCCUGGACUUCCACUUCGCCGACCUCCAGCUGUCGGCCGUCUACAUCGUCCAGGAGUGCAUGGAGACGGACCUGGCCUGCCUGCUGGAGCAGGGGGGGGCCCUGCCGCCGGACCACGCCACCCUGCUCUUCUACCAGCUGCUGAGGGGCCUGAAGUUCAUCCACUCGGCCAACGUGCUGCACCGGGACCUCAAGCCCGCCAACGUCCUCGUCAACACCGAGCAGCUGCUGCUGAAGAUCGGGGACUUUGGGCUGGCCAGGAUCGUGGACCCGCACUACUCGCAUAAGGGGUACCUGUCGGAGGGCAUGGUGACGAAGUGGUACCGCUCUCCCCGCCUGCUCCUCUCGCCCAACAACUACACCAAGGCCAUUGACAUGUGGGCAGCCGGCUGCAUACUGGCCGAGAUGCUCUCCGGACGGAUGCUCUUCGCAGGAGCGCAUGAGCUGGAGCAGAUGCAGUUGAUCCUGGAGACGGUGCCGGUGGUGCGUGAGGAGGACAGGCAGGAGCUACAGCAGGUCAUGCCCUCCUGCGUCAGCCACGGAUGGAGGGUCAAGAGGUCACUGGCGGAGCUGAUGCCGGAGGUCGACACUGAAGCCAUCCACUUCCUGGAGCAGAUCUUGACCUUUAACCCCAUGGACCGUCUGACGGCGGAGGCGGCGCUGGCUCAGUCGUACCUGCGGCAGUACUCGUGCCCCGAGGACGAGCCCACCUCACAGCAGCCCUUCCGCAUCGAGGACGAGCUGGACGACAAGAUGGUCACCGAGCACAGCCCUGACCGCUCACUGCAGUGGCACAGGUCUGACACCAGCCUGUCUUCCGACACCUGCUGGCAGCCUCAGGACCGGUGCGAGUGCAUGCAGAGCCUGUCGGAACUGGGAGACGCGGACGAGGAGGAGGUGCGGCGAGACCCGCGCGCCAGUACCUCCUCUCUCCUGGAGGAGGCGCAAGUGGACCCGCGCAAGUACUCCCACAGCAGCUCGGCUGAGCGCUUCCUGGAGGGCUCCCACUCCUCUCUGGAUCGCGCCUGCGGAGGAGGAGGUGGUGGUGGGGUGUAUGGGGAGCUGGACUGCGGCCGCUCCUGCGACUACAAGGUGGGAUCGCCGUCCUAUCUGGACAAGAUCGCGUGGCGCGAGGGCAAGCCGCAGAACUACUCGGAGCCCAAGCUCAUCCUGGAUCUCUCGCACUGGAAGCGUAACGGGCGGCCGGGGCCGACGCGCAGGAGAAGCUUUGAGAGAGAGGAGGAAGAGGACGUGAGAGAGGAGGUGUUGGAGCAACAGGAGGAGGAGUUGGUGGAUCGGGGGGAGGUGGUGCGACGGGAGGAGGAGGAUGAGGACGAGGAGCCGGGGGAUUUAUUUCAGGAGAUCUCCCGCUGGGUGGAGAGCACGCAGUCGCGCCUCCACUCCCCCAGCACGCCUCAGGAAGCCCCUGGCACCCCAAGCUCCCCUCCGCUGCCCCUCUCCCCCACCAUGCUCCCCGACAGCAGCCUCGGCCACCUCCGCUUCAGUGACAGCACCUCCACACUGCUGCGCUGCACCCCUGACUUCAUGAGGGAGGAGGUCGAGGAGGAGGAGGACGAGGAUGAUGAUAGGACCGGACCUUGUCGCUUCACCUCCUCUCCCCCAUCGCUUCUCCCAUCCUCCCCCUCGUCUCCCACCCCGGGCCCCUCCUUUACCUACCCGCAGAGGACCGGUGGCGUGCACUCACCUCCUCCUCCUCCUCACCACAACCAGAACACCACCGCGUCUUCCUCGGAGGAGAUCCAGGCUCAGUUUGACCUGGAUAUGUUUAUCUCACGGGCGCUGAAGCUCUGCGGACAGAGCGAGGGGUUGAGAGGGGCCGGGGCGGCCGGAUCCAAGAGGCCCGGUAUCAACGGGGUCGCGGGGCUGUCGGACCACCGGCCGACCUCACCUGGCCCCAAGGAGCCCUGGUCCAGCAUGGCACAGUGACGUGACAUUGUACGACCGACCGUGAUUCAUCACGGUGACUCCCAUGUGUUGCACACUGUGAUGUGUCUCCUAUCUGGUCUGCGAGCAUUCGCUAAAGCAAUGCAGCUGAGACCAAGGGUUGUUGUGGUAUGCUGUACAACCACACUGCUUAGCGAGCUCCAUCCAUAACAGGUGGCUAGUGUGCUGCACUGCUGCAGUUUACAUGUACUGUACGGGCAUCUUGGCAGCCGCAUGCUGGUUCCUUUUCAGGAACAUGGGAGGAUGAUGUCAUUGGAUAAGUUUGGCCUUUUCCAGCAUGUGAUUGAUGUUGUGCAUGACAGCAGGGAAGAUGUGCAAAAAAUAAAUAAAUCCCAGUGUGAGUUGCGACAGAGAAAAGAUCGUUUUGCCUUUUGGUGCUUCUGUUCAGUAAUAAACACAAGGUAGACAAGGAUUAAAAAAAAGAUUAUUUCUAAUAAUGCCAACAAAACAGUAUGAUAUCUAAUGAAGAAGUGGCAGGGGUGUUUCAAAGACUCUUAACUAAUUAAGACCUAAGCCCAAAACAUUUUACAGAAUGACAUUGUUAAAGGUAACCGAUGUGGAAGCUGAUAAAUAUUCAUAGAUGCGUUUCCAGGUCUUAACAGAGACAGACUGGGCAGAUAAGAGCAGGUUUUAAUUAUAAUGAUCAAGGCUUUAAAUAAUGAAUGUAUUUAACUUGUUCUGUAUAUCGGACAGUAGGAUUGUAGCAAUUGGAAUUCAUCUCAAAACCCAAGAGGACUGCUUGGCUAACGUAUGCUGUUAAAAAUCACUAUAAUGUUACACUGCUAACAUUACCGCUGAGCUUCCCUCACUGAUGCUGUGUAAAUUUGUACAAUUACUUUGAAAAGUUUUGUGUUUUCUGCUUUAUUGAAAACAUUCCUUCCUAUUCUGUGUUUUGUUGUUUGUUGUUUGUUUGGCUGUGGUCUAUAAUUUGGUUUUACUGUAAUACGUUUUAAGAGUGUUAAUUCAUUUGGAGCUUUCACUUUGAGCUCAGAAGCAAUAUUUACUAUGUUUAUCGGAAGGCCACAGUGUAUGUAUAUUUUACUGCAAGUAGAAACAAAGAUGCUGAAAUGCUGCAACCGUCUUUACACAUGAAUAAUGGUAAUGACCUUUAUUGAUUCUCCAUACCCGAUAGGCUCAAACGACCAAACAGUUUGCCAUACCUCACGUUACACAUUCAUUUGAUAAAUUGCUUUAAUUAAGCUACAGGCUAUAUAAGUGUGAAAUGGCUCCAGCCCUUUCCAUAUCAUUUCCAUAUACACAAGCUGAUGAUGAAAUACAACAGUAUAGGCCUGUCUAGUAGAUCAUAUGGUUUCAGAGGAGCACAGUAUCCAAAGCACUGCCAGCCAGUAGCCAACAGCUUUAUGGCUGAACACUCUACACUGCAAUCUCAGAAUCGAGUCACUGCUCAUUCGCCAUACCACUCCACUCAGCAAUAAGAUAAUUAAUAAUUAUUACAGCAAUGUGAUCAUAGUCAUUAUAAUCAUCGAUUGCUUUGGUGAAUUUAUUUUGGUUUUGUUUUGUUUUGGUCCACAAAUAAACUGAUGUGCCUUUGUGUUUUCUCGUGCUUCCAUUCCGAUUUCAUUUUGAAUCUUUGCAUGGAAUGUUCUGUCAUGUUGCUUUAAAUCUGACCAACUGUAUAGGUGAUGAUACACAGGGCAACUUUUUUGAGCAAUGUUGCCAGAGAGCCUCAAAUCCGAAAAAAUGUUACGUGCUGCUGAUCCACGUUUACUUGUUAAAAGUGGUAUUGUGAUAAACGUCCCAAACAUAAAGUAUUGUUAUCCAGGAGCAUUGCUCAAGACAUUGCCCUCUGUAUCAUAGUCUUAUGUUAUGAUAGGCCUACCGUGUGACAUUUGAUGGUCCUGUGUAUUAAUUAACUGAUGUGUAAUUCCAGUUCUAGCAUACAUUUGUUGUCCUUUUGGAUGUAACAUCUUUUGUGGAGGUCAUGGUGGCAUUUUCUGAGCAAUCUCUGUGCAAUUUCUACUUUUGCUGACAAAUGACAGAAUAAAAAUUUUG